AUGGGGUUCUUCUGCCUUGGCAACUUCAUUGCUCUUAUCGGUAUCCUUUUGGUCGGUCCGACAGCAACAUCAGGUGCAGCUGUUGCCGUUGUACCUCAAGCAAAUAGCAACGGCCUUUGUUACAAAUAUGUUGUCCAGGCUGGCGAAACUUGUUCUGUGAUUGCUCAGGCACACUCUAUCACCACGGCUGAUAUCGAAACCUACAACGCUCGAAGCUGGGCAUGGUCUGGAUGCAAACCUAUAUCGCAGGGCUCUUCCAUCUGCCUCAGUUCUGGAGAGCCCCCAAUGCCAGUUGCACUUCCAAAUGCUGUUUGUGGGCCCCAGGUGCCUGGAACAGCACGCCCCACCAGCUGGUCUGACCUAGAGUCUUUGAAUCCGUGUGUGACCAAUGAAUGUUGCUCUUCCUCGGGUCUCUGUGGAACCACUUCGGACUUUUGCACUUCUAAGGCCCAUGUCACUACAGCAUUAUCUAUAUCCACCAGCACCCAUUCAGCCACAACAAAAAAGACCACCACAUCUACUAGCACAACUAAAUAUAUUCAUCAACUUGUAGCUAGCACUGAGACUUCAUCCACUAGCAAGACCACUAAGACUAGUACAACCAAGUGUGUCUCCACAACGACCACUAAGACUACUUCCACCCACAAAACCACGACGGCGUCAACCAAAUCAUCCCAAACAAAAGCAAAAACAAGCACUAGUACUAGUACUAGCACUAGCACCACCAAAUCAACAACUGUUAAUCCAUGGUUACUCACAAUGUACACCAAGAAGGACUGCGCGGGCGACUACUACAUACUCCAAGGACACAAUGUGGGCUACUCGAAGACCUGCGUAAACCUGCACGGGGGUCUAAGCAGCAAAUAUACGGAAACAGGUGUUUCCUGCAAAUGGUUUACAAACCGCGGCAAAUCCAUCUCUGAUUGCGAUGCCAGCACCCUCAAGAGACCUCAAUCCUGGACAGUUGAGGCUGGUAUCUGCACUGUAUUCGAUACUAAAAACUGUAAAUCGAGCCUGUAUUCUAAUGCUUAUACGCCUGAGCUGAAGGCGCCUUGUCAGAAUCGGGGUAAAUUUGAUACGCCGAAGUUUCUUUCUAUGAAUUGUUAUACUGAGGGUUGA